AUGUUCGCUCUGCAGAAGCGCGUAGUACCUCCAGCGUGGGCUUCGACGCGCACGUUCCUGUCAUGGACUCAAUCAACCACAACACCUAACAGGUCCGAGAAGCGCGAGACGGGCAAGCCUAACUCACCUAAAAAUUCGGUGCCGGAUGCCAGCCCUGGCAGUCGCUUGGAUGAACUGAUGCACCAUCCGCUGCUUUUCGAUCCGAUUCGAAAGCCUCGCCUGCCCAUUGUGCUCUGUCAUGGCCUAUAUGGCUUUGACGUACGCGGCCCCUUUUUGGGACUAGAAUACCAUUACUGGUCUGCCACUUUAGAUCUUCUUCGUAAUCGUGUCGGAGCCAAGGUCUAUGUACAUGGUGUUCCACCUACAGGCUCCAUCCAAGAGCGUGCAGAGUCCUUACAUCAAUUCCUCUGCAAGCAAGGAUUCGAGCCUGGCCAGAAAUUGAAUCUAAUUGCACAUUCGAUGGGCGGCUUGGAUGCUCGUCAUAUUAUUACUCAUAUUCAACCAAAAGAAUACACAGUGGCCAGUCUUACUACGCUUUCUACACCACACCGCGGAAGUCCGUUCAUGGACUGGUGUAAUACCAACAUCGGCGUUGGCCUCGAUCUGAUUGAUGACAUGAUGAGCGAUGUGACACCUUCGAAAACGAUUGAAACACCGCCUGCGACAGCUGCGCCCUUCAGCUUGAAAUCGCCGCUCUUUGUACGUGAAAAACCUGUGAAAGAAGCUGUGAAGAAGGAGGCGGAAAAUGUCAUUGUCAAGACACUUGGAAAAAUGAGCAAUUCCUUGUCGUCAUACAUUCUUUCGGUGUUUGAUCAGCCGGCCUACGCCAUGUUGUCCACACGGUACAUGAAUCACUUGUUCAACCCAUCCACACCAGACAUGCCGGGCGUGCGGUACUUUAGUAUUGCCGCACGGACCCCCGAAAUUUCAGUUUUACACCCAUUGUGGCUGCCCAAACUUAUUUUAGACAAAGCCGCAGAAACGGGGACCUGCGGUGGUGAAUCCGAUGGAAGUAGCAAGGCAUUAGGCACGGAACUGGAAGGCAACGAUGGUCUUGUGAGUGUGCCUAGUGCGCAAUGGGGUGAGUUUUUGGGUGUGAUGGAGAACUGGGAUCACUGGGACAUUCGUGGCCCGGGCGGACCGCACCGUAUCCGUCUCGUCAACUCGGAGAAGGAAGAGUCGAACCUUGGGAAGAAAUGGUCAGCACUCACGUCCACGGUCCUUUCUUGGUUCCCACAACGACGAAAACGGCGUUCCCCCCCGCAAGUGGACGAGAACUGGGACUGGCGUGAUGCGAUGCUGAGCCAGUAUGAAGACUCGACGUCCAAGCAGGCUGAAAAACACGACGUGCCUGCCCAUGCUGCGGCGUACGCAUUGUCCUCUGGCUAUGAUCGAUGUGUUGACCCAAAGGAAGAGUCACAAAUUGCGGACCGGCUUGCCUCAUGGAUCUCGUCGCAUUUGCCGGCGCGCGCGAAGGAUGAAAAGCGCGAGGGUGACAUGGCCCCAGCCGAUGAGAAGCGUGACGAAACAGAUUCGCGAAUGCUUCUAGCGUACCUCACAAUGGAUCGUCCAUCGACACCGGCGUUUGCCCCGGAUGGAUGGCUGGAGUCGCUGGGCGAUAGUCGUGCAGCCAAGAUGCUGCGCAAGCAAGUCCAAGCCACCAAGGAGAUCUCGCGUAUGGCGCGUUUCUCUUCCGCCGCAUUGGAAAUGUUCCCAUUUCUCAUUAAUGCAGGGAAUAAAGGCAAGAUGCCAUCGAAGGAGACCUUUGAUCGGUUCUGGCUAGCUGUAUGCCGCAAUCUCUAUGAAGAAGGCCUAUAG